UUGCUUGAAUUUGGAGCAUGGUCCAACGCAGUUGAUACUGUUGGAUUGACCCCGAUCUACUAUGCAGCAACUGCGGGUUACUCUGAAUGUGUUUUACGUCUGCUCAUGUCCAAAGCAGACACAGAAAUAUAUGAUGAAAGCGGAAAAGGUCCACUUCACCAGGCUGCACUCAAUAAUUUUGACUGCAUUGUUGCCAUGCUAAUUGACUUUGGAGCAAGCAUGCAUGCAGUGAAUGUGGCAGGAAAUACUCCCUUGCACGUUGCUGCUACACGCAACUCUAAAGAAAGUACCAAAUGGUUGCUACUUCGCGGAGCACCUCGCGAUCGACGAAAUAAGACCAACAAAACUCCU